UACAACAUUCUCUCUGUUUUUUGUGUCUUUUUUCCAUGCAGGGUUUUAGUAGGAGCACCGCGAGGUAGUACAUCGGAGUAUCAACCAACUGCGGAGAAUCCUGGGGCGCUCUGGCAGUGUAACUCCAAUACUGACCUGACAGAGUGUACACCUGUUAGUCUCGAAGAUCCAAGGGGGACCACUGCAUCUUCUCUACUCGAACAAGGAAUUGUAGAUUACCCAGACAACGGUUGGAUGGGUGCGUCUCUCACUAGACAAUCAAAUCAGCAAUUAGUCGGAGAAGUCACGGUGUGUGCACAUCGUUUCGGGAAUGACUUUGCGAUCAACGAACCCAACGCCAACCUGUCUGACUAUAAAACAGAUCGCUACUUCCAGGGCCUUUGCUAUAGUCUGGAUGCAAUGCUUGAGGGAACAACGACUAGGUUUAACCCUUGUGCACAGCAUGACGCUUGGAGAGAUGGAAUUGUUGAGAAUGAGACGACACGAUGGCAGGGAUGGUGUCAGUUUGGUGCCAGUGCAACCUACACCGUUGAGACGGACGGUGACCAGACUUUAGUGGCAGGUGCCCCGGGAUCCUACGACUGGACGGGUACAACUUUCAAGGCAACUGGCGAUGGUGCAAACAUGAUAGCCGGUAACCUAAGUACCUUGAAUGCCGACUAUUCAUAUGACGGCUUCUAUCAAUACGUUGGCUACUCGACGUCCGUGGGUUAUUUCCUGUCAGAAACAACCCAACAAAGUGCUUCAGGGGCGCCCAGGGCAGGAGGGCUAGUCGGUAAAGUUUACAUCCAUGAUCUGGAAACAUUUGAAGUCUAUCAGGAGUUGCAGGGAGAGAUGAUGAAUACAUAUUUUGGAGGAGCAGUAGAGGCCCUUGACAUCAAUAAUGACGGCCUGUAUGAUCUCCUGGUCGGUGCUCCACUGUAUUCCACCGAUCAAGAUGAAGGCAGAGUCUACGUCUAUAUGAAUCGUGGUGGUUCCUCACCUCUCCAGCUUCAUCAGAAGAUAGAUGGUACAUCUACCCCGGGGUCAAGGUUCGGCCAGGUCAUUACCACCAUCAACGACAUCAACACUGAUACUUUCCCAGACGUAGCCAUAGGAGCACCGUAUGAGGGAGGAGGAGUGGUGUACAUUUAUCCAGGUACUGAGAGUGGUAUUGAUGAAGCAUACUCCCAGCGGAUUGAUGGAAGAGACACAGACCCUACCGUUUAUUCCUUUGGAAGCUCCAUUUCUGGAGGCCAGGAUUUUGAUAGCAACAACUACCCUGACAUUGCCAUUGGAGCCUAUGCCAACGACUCUGUCUUUCUCUAUAAAACACGACCCCUGCUUGACCUUUUGGUGAACCUGACCGUGACCCCCGACCCCAUGGAUCCUGAAAACCCAUCUUGCGUGGAUUCAAUUGGUAUCUGUCUAAAAAUUGAAGUCUGCUUCAAAUACGAGGGACCUACCCCUGCAGCUUUACCUGCGAACAUUGAGGUCCUAUUCGAUGUGGAAGUCGACAAUGUGAAGACAUCGGCUGGAUUCAAGCCUCGAUUCCUGCUCGAUGACAACGGAACUAGGCCUAUGGUUUCCAAGAUCAGUGCUGUUGAGCGGAUAUAUAGAUACGGCAAUACUUGCUUCAACUACACAGCUUACCUGCAGGAUACAGCGACAGACUUCUUGAGUCCCAUGCCUGUAGACCUGACGUACAUCUUGAUGGACUAUGGAAUAGAACCCCCUCCGCGAGGAGACAUUCCAUAUCGUUUCCCAGGAGGACUUGCUCCAGUUAUGAAGAGCUACCAGUGUGCAGCUAUCACCAAGAACGAAGAUGUCAACUUUGUGCGUGACUGUGGUGCCGACGCUGUCUGUGAAACGGACAUCAGACUCCUUGGCGAAAUCGAAAUUGAAGGGGACCCGACCAAGAUCAUCGUUGGUGGACCGUCCAAACUUUACAUUCAAGCCAGGGUUGAGAACGUCGGCGAAGAGGCGCAUCAAGCUUUCCUGACGAUCAACCACCCAAUUGACAUUAGAUACGAAGCACUUGAAAUCAAUGAGGUGUCUUGCAUUGACGAGAACGGUGAUGACCUAAUAGAAUGUGCCGGGAAGCAGACUCUGGUGACCUGUGAACCUACCCAGAAUGUUGACACCUCCAGCGUUAUAUGUAAUCUUGGUAAUCCCAUGCCGUCCUUCACAGCGAGUACCCUCCGUCUUCGCUUCGACAUUGGGGGUCUGAUCUAUGUCCCUGAUCGAAACAUCAACGUAGAAGUGAUAGCCAGUACGAGCAGCCUGCAGACACCCGAGAGUCUCCCGGACAAUUCCAUGCUAGUGGCAUACAAUUUGGUCGUCGAGGCUGAUGUGGGCAUUUUAGGGUUCGUCGAUCCUGAAAGUGUGUACUACAUCAGUAACAGCUCAAACUACGCAGAUGCUGCCUCAGCACAGCAAUCACUCGAGGCUGCAGUUAACAUGGCGUUCGUUGAUCCAACCUCACCCGACUUCAACGACUCCUUCAUUGGAACCCCAUUUACGCUUUCCUACCAGAUCACCAAUGAGGGUGCUGGUCUGCUUCCAUUCCAAUCUAUCCUAACUCUCAACAUCCCAUGGCGUAUGAUCAACGGAGAUUGGCUUGUCUUCAUCAAGAGCAUCUCAGUAACGGACAGCGAAGGGACUGGAUCCUGCAACAUUGCAGACAUCCUUGAACUCCAGAAUCGAAGGCUGAUGGAGAAAUAUAAGGAAGACUCUCUCAGUUUUCAGCCUGCACCUGAGGAAGACGUAACCCCCAUCUAUGGUCCUGCAGAGGGCACGCAGAAUCUGGGAUGCACCAAGGCCAAGUGUGUAGCAUUGACCUGUUUCAUCAACCCACUUCAAGCCCGUCAUAUCCUGCAGGUCAAAAUAGAAGCCAUUCAGUGGCAAGACACCCUGAUCACGAGGGAGCUUGGCUAUGUGGAGAUUCUGACAGAAGCUCAACUGGUCACUCAGAUGGAUAAUGGAAAUCACGGGCAAGGAGAGGAUGUUUACCCAGACAUGAUACAGCUCCCUAUCAAGAUGUAUACAGACAUGGCAGGUGCUGGCAAAGUGCCUAUCUGGGUUAUCAUACUCAGCAUCCUGGGAGGGCUUCUCCUACUCUUCCUCCUCAUACUGUUAUUAUGGAAGUGUGGCUUCUUCAAAAGAAAGACUCGCAAGGACUGGAUGGAUGAAAUUGAAAAUGCAAAUCCUAUGCCCAUCAAACCUCCCAUGGCUCCUACCGGUGAAUUAGACGGCUCCGAUUUACCAAUGAUGAAAGGACUUGCAGCUAAAGAAUAACAAACCUUUCCACUUUUCUUGUUCUUCCAAAACUAGCAAUAUCAGAAGAUUUUUAGAUGUGUGUUCAGUUCUUUGUAAUGUACAAGCGUAGUAUAGUGUCUGCAUUCUCCAAGGUGUGUUGUUUUCUGGUGCUUUUCUGGUGUUUGAUUGAUAUACAUCUGUGACUUAAUUUGAAUACUGAUACUAUUGCUUAAUUGAAGGGAGAAAGUAUAAUAUGUGUCUCAGUAUCUAACAAAAGGUACAACGCAUGCAGAAAGAUCGAGUGGACCUUCCAAGAAAUGUAUCAACACAUCAUCAACAAAUUUGUAAAUUUAGCCAACUGUGGUUAAAAUCGUUAUUUGCAAUACAUUUGAUAGCAUCUUGGAUGAACCAUUUCAUAAUAAUGAUGAUAAACAUUAUCUUGCUGUAGAAACAAUUGUUUAAAAGUAGAUUGAACUUGCCAUUAGAAACAACAGUAAGACAAGGGCGUUAAAGUACCUGCAUAGAUUUUGUCCUAUUUGUAUCCCUAUUUAUAAAUCUCUAGAAUACCCAUGCCCACGAACCAAUUUUGUUUUGGUAGAGGUGCAUUCUCAUUCCUACUCGACCAUGGAAUGGUUCAAGUCUGUUUUGUACAGCAUUGUCAAUUUGCAUUGGUGGUACCCAAACAGGAAGAGCAGUGGAUGUGCGGGUAUACUUCUGUACUUCUGACCAACAUAAAGGGUAUGUUUGGGUACAAGUGAGAAAAAAACACAGAACAGUUACCGGCUGUAAUAUUUUAUAAAAGUGUUCAAAUAUUUUUCCAUACAUUUACAUGCCAAAUUUUCUUUUUUAACUGUGUAUUAUGGAUUGCAUAUUGCUAGAGUAGCAAUGUUAACUUCUUAUAAACACUCAUUUUUCACUAGUGGGGAAAGAAGAAGAAGGUCUUUAGUACAGUGUGUUAGUAUAUGUUUUCUGUAGAGGUGUUAAAGUAGAUAGUACUGGACUAAAAUACUGUUAUUGUACUUGAGAAAGUUACUUACAGAGACUGUUUAUAACUAAAACUUAGGAGUUCACAAUUAAAACAAAAGCUCACCAAAGAUGUCUUAUGCAAUUAAAUUUAUGCUAGUAUUUUACCAGCUGUCAGUGAUCUUUAUAUUUAACAUGGUAUUUUCAUGCACCUUUUUUAAAAGAUGGUUUUCACAUGUUAUGACUGAAAAAACAUUUAAAUGGUGGCAGCAGUGGGAUAUGUAUCUAUAACAUUAAAGUUUCUGGUGGCUCAAACCAGAAUUUUUUAAACUGGGAUGUUGGUGGCAAAUAUAUUUCUUCUUGUCAAAUGUUUUCUUUUGUUGCUUAACAUCAUUCCUUCUGCGCACAUUCUAAGGUUGCCACCGGUUCAAGGCAAUUUACAUACUGUAUUGGCUAGAGGCAGAAGGGCAAUAACUUGUAUCAUUUUAUACAGACGAGGCGCUUCUCUGGCUCUGACAGACAAUCACUGAUAUGGGUAACAUAACACUUACUAUGACUGUAAAAUGUUGUCUAUGUAGAAAAGAUAUUGGGUCCAAAAAUGUUGGUCCUCAAGGCUCCUUAUUAAUUGAUAUCUAGUAUCUUUUACACGUCGACAGAUUCUGAGAUAUAGCUACUGUUUGGGAUACUGAUCAGAGAUACGUGGCAAGCCCAUACUGUUUAUGUUUUAUUUUCUGCAAUGUCUCCUAAGAACCAGAAGGGCUUUAACUUGACAAUGUAUACCUGUAUUUUGGUGAGGCCUAAAAAAAGAGAAGAUGUUGUAUUGCUCUUUAGGUGCCAAAACAUGGGUCGGUCGGUCAGAAUUUUUUUUUUUUUUAACUUUUUUUUUUAUCUUCCUCUUUGGGAAUGCUUUACUACAUUUUUUUCCUAAAAAACAGUAAAAAAAAAAAAAACUUUUCAAGAUUUUUGGGUCGGUUGCAAAGGGCAAUACAACAUCUUUGGAUGAUAGAUGUCUAAAAAGUAAGACCUUCAUCCGUUGAUUCUGGCAAAGACACAGAGUACAGUGAUCAUCAAUGUGCAGAAUAGACCAAGAUCAACAAUGUUUACAUCCCCAUACCUCUAAAUGUUAGUUAAUGCCGUUCUGGUUCUUACUAGAUGAUUUCAUGACAUGGUGCCAAAUUUGAAGUUUGUAUGUAAUGUAUAUAUAAUCAUGGAUUUCGAAAGUGUAGGGUUUUUUGUUGAAAUAUAUACUUCUGCAACUUUUUUCGGAUGCAGAUUAUUGAAACUAUGUAAGUAGAAAUAUGCUUAAAUGAGAGAAUAAAUAACAAAGUGAAUUUUAUUAUCAGUGAUUUUAAGCAUAACCUACGAUGUACGCAUACAAGGAAUCUAAAUCUCACAAAUUGUACCUGUACUUUGAUUUGAGAUGAAUGUCACUCUGUAGAGCGUAUUACAUGAAUACAUGUACAUGGACAUAUCAACAUCACCAUACUGGUGACUUGAUGUAUGUGAUAUGAAAAUCGAAUAUAUUGCUUCAUAAAUGUCAAGUUUCUUUCGUAAGAGUACAUGCAAAGAUGUAAAUUUUGUUUUAUAAUGGUGAUUUUCUUGAGCAUGUGACGUGGAUAUAAUAUUUUGUACAUAAAGUUGAUGGUUUAUAAGAGAUGAAAAUGUUUAUGCUAUAUAGAUCAAUACUAUGAUAGAAAUUUCUUUGAAAUCCUAUUUAUUUGUCUCGUUUGUUAGAUGUGUACUAUCUUUUAUAUGUGUAUGUGAAUGUAAGUGAUCUGUAAAAUUGAUUGUAAUGGAAGAUUAUUAAAGUGUAGAGGUUUUUAAAAUAUGAUGUGGUAGAUAUAUUUGCAGUUUGAAAAAUUAUUAGAGUGUUGGAACUAAGAUCAAUGACCUCAUCUCCAACAUCACUGCUAGGCUUUAGAUGAAAAAUAUAGCAUUAGUUGUACAAUCACAGCCCAAAAUCGAUUCUUGGAAAAAAUUAUUUCAUGUGAUUAGAUAUAAUUAGCCAAUUCCCCAAUACAAAUAACUCUGGAAAUGUUGUUAGUAUCAUUAUAAUCUAUUACUGUUUAUCCAUCAAACUACGGUAGUCCCUCUAUGUCAUCUGAGGAAUAGAUCUAGUUAAUCAGAGUAUCAAUUUAUUUGUCCCAGUACAAAAGAGAUAUGUGCACAUCAAUUUGUGUUCUUCACUUUAUGACCUUGACAAUAUAUAGUUCGUCUGUAACUUCUUUGCAUACGAGAUGUUAUUUGUAAGAAAUGAAAUUUUGGAAUGAACCUUGCCUAUAUCUUAGUGUGCGAGACUUGUACUCCCAUUAAUGAUACUUCUAUAUAGUAUAUACCAAGUCUGAUGUCAGUGAAUUGUGACCUAGUAAUGCACAUGGAAAAUGACUACCAACUCCACUGAUUUAAGGCAAAAGUUUUUCCUUUUGACCUUUGUCUUUUGUAUUAAAGUACCGGUUUAAUCUCUUUGUAAUGAAAACAAAAACAAUUUUGUUUUCCUUCUGUUUGUUACGUGUACAGUUUGUACUUGUCUUAGCCAUUUAGUUGCAGCCACAAAACAAUUGUGAUACUACAGUAUAGUGAUUUUUUAUAAAUUGCAAUCUUCUCUAUUCCUGGUUUUCCCUGUAAAAUCACUUUUUGAUUAUCACCAUUUCAUCAGCUUUAAUCAAGAAUCAAUUUUCAAAAUUUGCAGACAGAAAAUUGGGCUCCUCCUUAUACUCGCAUAGUACAGCAGAAACAUGUUUUGUUUUGACAUUUUCAUAUGAAAUUAUACCACGCUUUUUAAUCAAGAAAUAUUAUUUUGUGAUUGCUAUUUUGAGACGUAAUUUUAGCUGUUAAGAUAUAAUGGAUGGAUGAUUGUGUCUACAUUGAUGUCAUGAGACAAAAAAAAGUCUAAUAAUCAAGAUUUGUAUGGAGUCAUUUUUUCUGUUUUCAACAACUCUUAUACAAAUAAACUUGCUUUCUUGAUAGAAAAAAAAA